CAAGCAUAUCCUUCUUCAAGUACCCAUUUCACCUCCAUUAUGCUCUUCCAAAUGUAGUUUUGGUUAUGGCCUUUUGUUGCCUACAGUGGAUGGACCUGUGGAAAAAUAUUUAGCUUCAAGGCACUUAGCAAGCAACAAGUCUUCAAUCUUCCUUAUCCAGUAGGCACCACCAUUGCUUUGUAAGUAAGGCUAAAUAAAACAAUCUUAUCGUUUUGAAAUCAAUCUCACCCUUAUUUUAGGUUUUCCUAAAUUUUUUUCCAACACAUUCGGUCUAAUUUCCUUCCCUAUAGAGUCGGAUAAAUAGAAGCAACUCAUUAUAUACGUAGAUAUAUUAUUAUUCAUUCACAAACGAUCGUAUAUAAUAACAACUUUUAUAUUAGGCAAAAUAUGAUUUUAAUCCCUUGUCUAAAUUUUUUGUUUUAGUUUGCCCUCCAAGUUUUAAAAAAUUAUAUUUAAUCUCUUAAAAUAUAUUUUUUAGUAUACAUAUCUAUUUUCCGGGUACUCAGUCCCAGUUUUCAAGUAUGGUCUUCCAUUUUAAUAUAAUGGUAAACAUUCAUAUUGAAAGAUUAAUAUUAAUAUAUAAUGAAUAAAAUUAAUUUUCAAGAUCUGGAAAAUCAAGUGAUUAGGAGGAAUUUAAUUUAAUAAUUAGGCUAUUUGGUAACUGAAUGAGACGAUUUGAAGUCCGCAAGCAUCAAAAUAGUAGCCCCAAAACGAACGAGAGUGCAGUAGCAGUUCUGAACAAAUCGAAACAAAAAUACAAACACCUAAACGAUGUAAUAGCGAAACCGAGCAAGCAAGAUCCAGAAACGAUAAAGAGAGAAUCGAACCCUGCACUUCAUGGCGGUGAUGACGAGGAAGCGCCGGCGCAUGAUGGAGGAAGCCGCGGCGGCGGUGACCGCAAUCCUGCCGGAGGAUCUGAUGAUCGAGAUCCUUGCCAGGGUUAGGGUUAGCAACCCCUUGCAAUUGAGGUGCGUGUGCAAGCGGUGGAAAUCCCUAGUACUGGAUCCCCAAUUCGUGAAGAAGCAUUUGCACACAUCGUUCUCGGACAUCACGGAUCUCGCGUCCAAAGCCAUGGAGGACAUGAACGCGUUUCAAUUGCAGCUCAAUUACGCCCCUGCCUUGGCAGAACCAGAAGAAGAAGAAGAAGAAGAAGAAGAAGAAGAAGAAAAUGAAGAAGAAGAAGAAGAAGAAGAAGGAGAGGAAGAGGAAGAGGAAGAAGCGCGUUCGAUGGUGAACGAGUUGGCUCAGUUGGAUAACAUGUUGGUGGUGAUUCGAUCCCUGAAAGGAACCUUGGAAACGAUUAAGGUUGACGUUCAAGCGAUCAAGGAGAGAGUGAAGUGUCUCCAGAGUUUUCUGCAGAUUUAUCUCAAGACAGCAACAGCUUCUUCCUCCUCCUCACACUCCAUGUGAUUGAUUAUUCUCCUUUUUUUUUAAUUUUGCAACUGUUUAUUUAUAAAUAAUUUCACACGGUUGCUUCUUCUUUUUUUUUUUUUAAAAAAAAAAAACGAUUUGAAAUCACGAUGGUGAAGUAACGUUGGAGUAGAGUAAAUUAUUUGGGGGGUUUUGAUAUCAUUGUUGGUGUUCAGAGAUGAGAGAUGGGUCAUGUGAAAUUAACUUCUUUUUAAAUUUAUUUUAUGUGCUUAGUUAGUUGUAUCAUGAAUGUGAACAACAGAACAAGUUUGCUUGAAAACCGAUGUCAUUGUCUUCUUCUUGCUGGAACAACAAAGCUAUUCUUGCUUAGUUUAAUGUUGAAUGAAUUGUAAAUUAGUAUUUUGUUUCUGCCUUCA